AUGCUUGGAACUAUGGAAGGUUUUGAGCUGUUCAGUGACAUUAUGCAGCUGCAGUUCGUAAACUCUGAAAUGAUCUUGAAGUCUAUUGCCUUUUCAGAUACUCCUAACCUGAUGGAUAGGAUGACAGGUUCUAUGCCGUCUCUUCGAAUGUCUGAGGUUUUCAGAAUUUCAAAGAUUACCAAGCCACGCGCAUCGCUUGAAGAUUAUGAAGCGGUGAAACGACUGAAUAUUGAUGAAGGCAAACGGUUUCAGGGACGGUGGGUUCUUGUUUUCUGUCUUGGUAUUGACGGUCACAUUGUAAACACUGAACGCAUGGAACGCUUUGAGGGAUGGCUCUUUUCUGAAUCCGGCAGGAAGAUGUUUGAGGUUAAGCCCGGAAGCAUCUGGAACUUCGGCGGAGUUCCUGCAGUGUUCUGCUGGGAUGACAGGUACAGAACUAUUGAUCCCGUCAUUGACGAAGCGGUUUUAAAGAACGUAAACCGCAUUAAUGACAAUCGGAAAAGAACUCUUGAAGAGUUUAAAGAAGCUGUUAAGAAUAACAUGCAGGACACUCCUGAUGAGUACCCUAUUGACGGAUGGAAAGCUCUUAAUGCAGAAUUUGAAAAGGAGCAUCCCGACAUUCAGCCUGCCUGUGUCGGUCAGCCAUGGUGUGAGAUCUCAUUUGAUGAUAUGAGAGCUGUUACUCCGGCAACUCAGCCGUCUCUGGUGUUUAACAUCAUCGAAAGACUGACGAACAAACCGAUUAAGAAGAACUCUCUGGGUAUUCUUGAUUGGAUUAAGAAGAAUCCGCUGGUGUUCGGACUUAUUGUCUUUGGUAUUAUCGCCGCGGUUGUUUUCCUUCCGGGAAUGAUGAAAUAA